AAUUGUGCUGCCUCAAGAUAUACGAACCAACGACAUGCCUUCCGGUGAUCAGCGCGAUUCAAACCCAGGCCAGUGCAUGGCCAAGCCAACCGAGCCGGAUGCCAAUGCCACCAGUAUGGAUCUCUACGGCGAACUUCAUGACAGCCUUGUUGAAUGUCCAUUCACCCAGAAUAUGUUCCUGCCGUUGAACAUCUUGCAGGAUGUGAUCUCCGUGGAGAAUAUUGUCAGGACACCCCCCUUCUCUGGCGAUAACGACUUGGCCGAAGAAGUUGUGCACACGGCGAAGAAGGUCCUCGCAAGCCUCAUAUUAGUUGGCCGUCAGAACGCAAUCGUGGACUUGCUCUCAGAGGGGCUCACGGAUGAGAAACUUCCUCUAUAUCGCAGAGGAAGCGGCGCGGACAGAAAUUUAUUGACUGACUGUGAUGGCAACCAAACAUUCGAGACCUUCCGGAACUGGGAACGGGUCGACAUUGACAAUUUCGUGGAGAGACAGCAAUGGCGGACCCAAGCACCAGUAUUUGACACCUCUGGCAGUCAUUUCAUCCUCGACCGAAAUAGUGCCUUGCCGCUACAAGCGGCUGUUGAGAAAAUAGGAACCACUGAAUUCAGCAAUGUCUUCAAAUGUGGACUUUAUCGGUCCCAUUACCAACAGGACUCACAGUUACUGGCAAAGCAAGUUCAUGUGGCUAUCAAGGAGCUUGACGAUCGAAAUAUCUUUGAACGAGAGAAGGAAAACCUAACAAAGACCCUAAAUUUAAAUAAUCGACAUCUCGUCAAGCAUAUCGCUACUUGCGAAAGAGGCUCGAACUACUAUGUCAUAUUUCCCCUAGCAGAUGGUGGAAGUCUCCUGGACUACUGGAAACGCGAGAACGAAAAACCACGAAAACUGGAGCUCAUUUUGUGGUCUCUCCGCCAAAUGCACGGCCUCGCCGGAGCUGUAUAUUCUCUCCAUCACGACUUAGGCGCUGGUAUACACUGCCGCCACGGAGACCUCAAGCCGGCCAACAUUCUCCUCUUUGAGGAAGAUUCCGAUCCCUUCCUGGUGAUUGCAGAUCUCGGAGUGUCAAGGAUUCAUGAACAGCAGACAAACCUGCGACGUGGUGGGACAACAACCACGGCCACCACACGCUCGUACGAAGCCCCCGAAGCUUCGGAACCUGGACAACAAAACCAGCCGAGGGCACGCACCUACGAUAUCUGGUCUUUAGGAUGUGUUUUUUUGGAAUUCGCUAUAUGGCUCCUGUACGAUUAUGAUGCAAUCGAAAACUUCGAAGAGAACAGAAAACUGCCUCCCGAAAAUCCAAACGCCAGUUUCUUCCAGAUUAACAUUGAUCGCAAGGCGACGAUUCUCCCGGAAGUGUUGGACGCCAUUAAGGCCCUACGAGAAGAUCCAAGAUGUCAGGGCGGCACUUCAUUGGAGUCCUUAGUUAACCUCAUUGCCGACAAGCUUCUCGUCACUUCAGCAGAAGACCGUUGCAAAGCCGAGCAACUGCGUGACGAGCUUCAGGAGAUAGUCCAGAAGGCCAAGCAUGACCUUUCGUACCUGCUCAACCCGACUGAUCAACCUGCGCCGGUUCACAAGGUGUUCCUAAAGGCUUCAAAAACAUGGUGAGAGGGAGGGGAUUUCCCCCGAGAGCUUUGAUUGCCCAGGGGUCCGCUGGGCUGCAAUGAGUAGUUCCUUUGACUUUUAAUCUGAUUUUCUGUCGUCCCAGAGGUUUUAAGAUUUCGGUGUUUAGGAACGUAUCAAAUAUUGUGUGUUUCUCUGAAUCUGUGUCAGGCGUUUCAGGAUCUCGGAAGAUGUACAUUACGUUGUGUGCAAUGAAUCAUGAAUGACCCCUCCGCCUGGAGUUUGCA